AUGGUUAAGAAGAAACAAGGAAAUCAGGAAACGAAGCGUCCACAAUCAUCGCGAGCAAAAAAUGUUGGAUGCACUGCAACGAUCCAUCUUCGUUUAGAGAGUUGGCGAAUUGAGUCACCCACUAGAGAUAAAUUUAAUUCACGCAUAAUCACCACAACCAACGAUCAAGAAUUAUUAGAACUACUUGCCGACCGAGCAAAAAACCCUGAUUACGAUUAUAUUGCGAAGUACAACUCAACUACACCUUUGACUACUACUUCAACCCAAUAA